AUGAACUUGGAUGAGGCAGCCUGUGAGGUGCCAAGGUCCGUCGACAACCAUACAGCCAUCUUUUGGAGAUUGCCUUCUAAAACCGGAACAGCAGGUUCGGCGCUGAAUCAUGCAAUCAAUGUGGUGAAUUCCACUCUGGAAAUGAAGGCUCCUAUGUCUUUUAAAUUGGGGUAUACCCACAACCCUUCUUGGAGAUGGGACAACGAUUUGUACGGCUACAAACAUGACAUGGCCUACAAGUUCCAAGCUAUGCUGGUGUUGUGCAUUUCCACAGAACCGCAUUCUGCAGCCAUGAUGGAAGCUGCCCUGAUAUCCUACUUCAAAAGCACUCCUGGAUGCCAGAAUGUCAAAGCCGGCGGUGACAACGUGAAGAUGGAUACCAUGGCCUCGGCCGCAUGCAGCUCUGCAGUCCGGGCGGCCAAGGCCGUGGUAGAAGAGGUUCCGGCUGCAGCACACAGCUCCAUAGGCCGUGUGGCAGCAAUCUCAGAAAGCCACGCGGAGAGGGAUAUGCACCGUGUUGCGAGCGCAUGUGGUGUCACGCUACCUGUGGAGAUGUCACACAUUGCAGCAGCCGAAGGGGAGCGAAUCCCUUUCUUCAGUAUUUCCUCUUGGUUUCGUUUCCUGCUCAGAUUCAACCUCUGGCAUGUUAUCUCUGGUGUGAGCUCCCCGGAUAUGAGCGCUUGCUGCAGAAAGUGGGGUGUGUUCUGGGAGAGAUUUAGAAUAGUCUGUGGGGGGCAUCCGGUUUUUGCGCGAGGCAAAGCUGCCCUUCAACGUACCUGUGCAAUGAUAUUACAUGGAGACGAAGGCAGGUCUCUAAAGAAGACCCAGCUGAUGGUUUUGGCGCUGCACUCGAUCAUGGGCUUCGGCUCACGUGUAGAGUCUGAUGAAGCAGCCCAUCCGGACCGCCAGGAGCUGAAUAUGCAAGUACAUACAUGGGCCUCACGGUACCUGCUCGCAGUCCUCCCCAGGUUCAUGUAUGAUGACCGGCGUGAUGGAAACUUUCAAACUGUGCUUGCGGAGAUCUCACGUGAUGGGAACCACCUUUUCGAAGAAGGGAUCUUGGGCCCCGACAACCAGGUUUAUUAUGUUUGCAUACUGUACGUAAUCGGCGACUGGCCCCAGCAGCAAAAGAUGUUCAAUUACCAGAGAAGUUUCAGUAACUCUGCAAAGGCAUCUUCGUCAAGACAGGCUCUGAAAGGAAUCUGUCACCAUUGUCUUGCAGAUGUUGCUGGAUACCCGUUCGAGGAUUUUAAGUCUGCCGAACCACGAUGGCGUUCAACCGUGGACACCGUGCCUGCCUAUGAUGAAGAGCCUGUUCUGAUGCAGCUGCCCCACGACCCGGCCAAACCUUCUUCGUUUGCUGCCCCUGACUUGUUCCAUGGGUGGCAUCUUGGAAUCGGGAAAAUCUUCGUAUCAUCAUGUUUAGUUUUGCUCCUACACUUGUUUCCGGCGAAUUCCGUGGUGGCGAGUUUCCAAGCCAUGCAGGACGCGUUCUUUGAGUUUUGCAAGAACGCACAUCUUCAUCCGCAUAUCCGCAAGUUGAAUCGAGACACCCUGAACUGGCCGUAUGCUACAACAUUUCCUACUGGUGGUUGGAGCAAGGGUCACACGACACUGUGCUUGAUGAGGUUUUUCAUACAUCAUUGUCAGAACAAUAUGGAUGCCGUCGGAACUGACCCAUUGUUGGAAAAAGCUCUUGAGGCAGCCCUGGAGAUUCACUUAUGUCUCACGAAGCUCUACAAGGAGGGCUUGUGGGUCUUUCGACCCAAAGCUCGAGAAAUAUACUUGCAUGGUUUCCGGUUCCUCGAGUUGUUUGGCGAACUGGCUCAUGAUUCGUUUGAGGUAUCUCGACCGCUUUUUUCGCUGAUGCCGAAUCUACAUCGUAUUCACCAUAUCUUCUUCCACAUGGCAGACCAGGUAAGAGCGGGGGCCACUUGGGUCCUCUCACCUCUUACCUGGUCCUGCCAGGUUGAGGAGGAUUUUGUGGGGCGUCCAUCACGGGUGAGUCGACGGGUAAGCCCUAGAUUGACAAUGCGGCGCACGCUUCAAAGAUGCAUGCAAGCUGCUUACGCCAAGUACGUAGAAUACGGCUACUUGCGCCCUGCCCCACAAACACAUUAG